GGAUUAUCCCUUUCUUUUCUCCACUUCACUGCACCCAAAAAAUGCAAAUUUAACAAAUUUUAGUACUAAAAAUUGAAUAUUGAUCUUUUUAGCUCCAGCUCUGCUCUUUUUGGUUGUUUUUGCAAUUUCUUGCACUAAAAAUUGAAUCCUUUUAGCUCUAGCUCUGCUACUUUUGGUUGCUUUUGCAAUUCUUGUACUAAAAAUGCAAUUUUAUGACUAAAAAGGUUCAGUCUUUUUAGCUUAAGCUUUGUUCUUUUUUGCAAUUUCUUGCACGAAAAACUGAAUCCUUUUAGCUCUAGCUCUGCUAUUUUUGCAAUUUCUUGUACUAAAAAUGCAAUUUUUUUACUGAAAAAUUAACUCUUCUUAGCUCUAGCUCUGUUGUUUUGGUUAUUUUUGCAAAAUUUUGUACUAAAAAUGGCUGCUUCUGACAAUUUAAUGACUAUGGAGUCAUGGGCAUUUCGUUCUGCUUUUACCGAUUCUUGGUUCUCCGACGUAUUCACCAAAGAAACCGAAACACUAACCAAAGUCCUCCAAAAUUCUGUGUUCCCCGACCCGGAUCCGAACCCGUUUCAGACUUCAACCGGGUCGGGUCGGACUAUUUCCGGGGGGUCGGAGAAUGAGACAACCGGGUCGACCCGCCGGAGUAAAGUUGGGGUGAACGGGAAGAUAACUAAGAGGAAGUCACGUGCUUCGAGGAGGAAUACGACGACGUACAUAACUGCUGACGUGGACAAUUUCCGGCAUAUGGUGCAGCAGGUUACCGGCGUUAGGUUCAUGCCCGGCGAGGGGCAGCUGCCGGUUGGGAAUAUCGUGAGACCGGAACCCCAACGUGUUGGUAACCGGCUACCAUCGAUUACCUGUCUGCCAACUCUUGACACGUCAGCUUUUUUACUUGACCCCACUUCGGGUAUGGUCCCAACGGCGCCGCCGUCCGCCGCCGUGACUCAGCCGGAGAAUGUGGUGGUUGAUGGUGGCUCAUGUGGCUAUGACUUUAGCUCUUUUGCUGGCUUUCCUACUCUUGAGUCAUUCAUGGAAAGCAAUGUAGUUUAAUGUAGGAUAAGAGGGAGUUGCUUGGAUGAUAACGCGAGGGUUGUAAGUUUCAGUUACCGGAAAAGAUGGUAGUUUAAUGUACAAUAGGAGGGAGUUGCUCGAAUAACAAUGCGAAGGUUGUAAGUUUGAGUCGCCGAAAUGAUGGUAGCUUAAUGUACUCUAAGCGGGAGUUGCUCGAAUAAUAAACAUGAAGAUUGCAAGUUUGAGUCACCGAAAAGUGAUACUUUAAUGUAUGACUAAGAGUGAGCUGUUCGGACCAUAACGUUAAUGGUGCAAGUUUUGAGUUACCGAAAAGAUGGUGGUUUAAUGUAGUAGGUGCUUUUAUGUAAUUUGACUUGGGUGGGUGUAGAUUUUGGAGUAGUAGAAAAGGGUAAAAUGGGAAUAUGAAUAUGUUCAUAGUUUAGUUUAAGCUAAUCUAGUUUUGUUUUUAGUUUAGGAGGGGCGGUUAGGGGAAGGGAUUAUGUGGCAAAAUAUGAAAGGAUCUAUGAGCUGUCUUGUACGAUAAUGUUUCCACGUGAUGUCACAUUCUUUCAUUUUCAUGGUUCAAUUGUAAUCUUUCUAAUUUAAGAUGUACUAGUAUUAAGUUUUUAACAAGUUCA